AUGGGUUCGAGCAACACGAAGAUGAAGGAAGAAGUCACGGCCCUCAAAGCCCACAUCGUCUCGAUGGAAAAAGAGCAGUCAUACGUGGUCAACGCGGCGGUCAAGAAAACCGCUGAGCAGCUGGUGCUAGAGCGGGACCGGGCUGUGGAGGAAGAGAGGGCAAGGGCGGACCAGCUGGAAGAGCAGAGAAGCGUCGCACAGCUUCAGAACGAGCUGUUGACAGAAAUGGUGGCUGCAGAACAGGUGAACGUGAAGCUUCACGAGAGGCGGAACGAAGCUCUCAAAUGGGAGCUUCUUAGGCAAGGCGGUUGCCAGGAAACGUUCGACAGCAUUGCCAAAGAGGUUCCGGUUCUCGGGGACACCCUGAGGGCCGACACGGCCGAUGUUUUGCAUGGAGUAGCCAAGCACGACAUGGCAGAAGCCAUCGAGCACGUCGUGUGCGGGAUUGGCGAGGUCAAAGACGACCUGCAGGAAGCCUUUCUUGCCAGAGACACCGGCCGCACAGGGGCAUUGGGCGGGGCAGCUUUCAAGGACGCUUUGAAAGAAAGCUUUCCCGACAUGCCGCGUGAGGACAGGCAGCUCCUCAUGCUGCGCUUCGUCCGGGAAGUAGACCAGAGCGUCGACUACGGAGAGUUCCUUGAGUUCUGCCGCCACAAGGCAGAGUCAAGAGAGCGUCUAAAAAUGGGCCUAACCGGCGCUCUAGCGGCAACGCGUUCUGCAGGGAGAUUCGGCAAAUGUCCCACCACGAGAGCGGGUGGGCUAGCAUGCACGAUGCCUGUCCAGGGUACCCUGGGACAGCGCCCAAAACCGUUCUUCGCGACGGCUCUAAUGCUGUCCCGAUCGGACGACCCGCCUGCGUCGGAGAGAGGCUCGCCUUUCGACGGGUGGGGGGCGGGGAAAAGCCGUCGGGGCACAGGCAGAACAGACUCCAUCUUUACUCAAGGCCCUAAUGACCCAGGAGUUGAAGCGCCUAUUCAAGAGAAAGUUUCAACUCUCAUCUCCAGACGAGGCCCUGAGCUGGAAGCCCUGCUGCUCUUGCGGGACCCAGAACGUUCCGGGAACAUCCCGGUGAAGGCAUUCUCGGAGUGCCUACGGGCGUGGGCCUCGAGCGACAGCGAACGUGGCGGUGGUGGCGCCGGCACACGGGCGGGCAAGCGUGAAGGACCGAGCCAGGCGGCCGAGUUAACUCAUGCCGACCGCAAGGUUUUGUACAGGCGGUGGGUGGUGCGGGGACAGGUGAGGUACGUCGAUUUCCUGGGCGCGAGCGGGUAUUUCAACGCCCCGCUGCCCCGCUACUCCGAGAUCAGCACGGCGGUCGCUGCCGCACCCGCUGCGGCUGCCGCUCCGGUGGUGACCGACGCGCCUGCACGGCACCCUGUCACCAGGAAAAGGGCUUCCGGAAGUCUGCUCUCCGGGGACAAAGCGGGCAUGCAUGCGAGAAACGCUGAUGCGGGGGAAGAGGAGACGGGUCUCCUCGAAAGGUCGAGGGUCGUACUCGUGCAUCUAUCGGAGGUUUUACGAGACGAGGGGGAGGAAGCGUACUUUGCCGCAUUCGAGGCGCAGGACUACGGCAACUACCGGUGUCUAGAUGAGGACGGCUUCGUCGAUGCCAUCGAAACUCUCGCUCCAGAGGUGACGGCGGAGCAAGUGCACGACGUUUUCCUCGUGAGAUCACGAAUAGAAGGAAGCGAUGACAAGGCUAACUACGACGAGCUCUUCAAGGACUUGCGAAAGCUGGCUCAGAUCGGAGGUUUCCAGUCGGGGGAUGCUGUGGAACUCAGAGUUGAAUCGCGGGGGAGUCGCGUGGACUGGGUUCCUGCGCAGGUGGUGUCAAGAGACGGGGAUGGCACCUACACCGUUCGAUUCAAGUCUCCGACAAAGGUCCCAGGCGCAACAGGUGCCUGUAUGAAGCAAUCCGGUGUAUCCGAGUCCGACAUGAGAGAGGUACGUGAGAAUAACGGGAGUGAUACGCGCGCCAAGUCGCUGUCCAUCCAUAGAAUCGACUUAUGA